AUGGGUUUGAAUUAUGAAGAAUGGUAUUUGCGAUCUUUUCCGUUGUUUCUUAUCCAUGGAAAACUGAGCAAUUCUAGUAAGUUAAUGCCUGAGUGUCUGGAGGUGUUGGUUGGUGUUUCACUUGCUUUCGUCAUCCAUGAAUCAGCAAAUCCACAUGUUGCUGUAUUGGGGCGUCUUCCAGGCACCACUAUUUAUAGGAAUGUUCAACAGUAUCCAGAAGCAUAUACUUACAAUGGGAUUGUGGUUGUUCGAAUUGAUGCACCAAUUUAUUUUGCCAAUAUAAGUUACAUAAAAGACAGGCUACGGGAAUUUGAAUUUGAGGUUGAUAAAUCUACAAAUCGCGGACCAGAAGUUGAAAGAGUUUAUUUUGUGAUUAUAGAGAUGGCACCUGUUACAUAUAUAGACUCGAGUGCAGUUCAAGCUUUGAAAGACUUGCACCAGGAAUACAAGUCAAGGGACAUUCAGAUGGCCAUUGCCAAUCCAAACAGAGAAGUUUUGCUGGCGCUAACAAGAUCUGGUGUGGUUGAACUUAUUGGUAAAGAGUGGUUCUUUGUGAGAGUGCAUGAUGCUGUUCAAGUCUGCCUUCAGCACGUGCAGAGCUUAGACGUCUCACCUAAGGCACCAAAACCAUUAUCUGAAGAUAAAUCCACUUUCUUUCAGAGGUUGUCGAAACAGAGAACUGAGGAAUUCCCAACUGCUGACUUGGAGUCGGGUGAAAGACAUUCUCGGAUCUCCAAAGAUGCAGACCCUCAACUGGAGCCCCUGUUAUCUCGGAAGUCCUAAAACUUGUGCCAUUGUUUUGUGAGGUAGGGCUAUAUAUAUAUGCAUGUAUACAUACAUUUUCACACGCCAAUGCGUGUAUAUUGUUUAUCCAUUUUUUCCCAGCAUUUCUGGGUGGUUUUAUUUUAUUUUAUCUUAGUAGUUGUCUCCUUGUGAACAUGCACUUCAUGGCUACGUAUUAUAAUGGGAAAUUGAGUCCCUGCCAUGCCCAUUCAAUUUAAAUGUGUUGGUGUGAAGAACUACAGUUUAUCUAUGUUGUUGAUGGUGGAUACAGAAAAUGUUACUUUGCUUUAAAGAAAGAGCACUGCAAGUAACUAACUAUUGCUGGUUAGGCUGUAUUGAAGUGUUUGGUUUGUUCUCCCUUGCUAUAA